AUGUCUCUGUGCUGCAGGGCUCUGGGCUGCCUGCUCUACCAGAUGUGCUGCCUGACUCACGCCUUCCAGGGUCCAAACUUCCUGUCUGUGGUGAUGAAGAUCGUGGAGGGAGACACGCCAGCGCUGCCCGCCGCCUACUCUCCAGAUCUGAACUCUGUCAUGCGGAGGAUGCUGCAGAAACAACCAACAUCCAGACCGACGGCGGCUCAGAUCCUCAAGAGCAGAUUCCUGGAGGAGAACAUGCAGAAAAUGAAGGACAGGUUUGUCUUCGUCUCGUCAGAGAGAGGAAACAGCGAUGCUGCAGCCGUCGCUAAGCACGUUGAUGGUGGACUUCCCUCGCUGGGCCCGCGUCCUCGUCUGAGGUUUGACAGCGUUUUAGUGGAUGAAGGUGAAAGUGAGCGUUCAGGCAUGAGCUGAGCUGCGGUUUGGGGACGGCCUCGAAGAAGUUAAAGAACUGAAAAGUGGAGGGAGAACGAAGCGCUUGUAGAACUGGGGGAACACAGAUGAGAAGUGGAAGGAGCGUGGUUGGAGGCGUGGUUGGGGACGUGGUUGGAGGCGUGGUUGGAGGCGUGGUCCUGAAUACUUUAUCUCCUGUUAAUCAUAAAAGCUCCACGUCGAGCAGCUCCAACGAGAAAACUUUCAGCCUCUUUUUCUAUUUAUUUAUUUUAUUUUCAUUUUCUUUCCACUUGGUUGCGUUU